GUGGAAUGUUGGGGUCCCGCCCAUUUAAGCCCAGGAGCGGGCCGCGCCCCGUUUUCUUUUCGUCAGCGCCUGUGUGGGGACCGCCCUCUUUGCACGGAAAGGGCUCAGAGGGAAACUGAGGCCUUGGAGCCGCCGGGGUCCCUGACGGGCCUUGAGCUCUGACGGGGAGAGCCGCCGCCGCCGCCUCCCUUCUCCGAGCCGGCGGGUCCGUAGGGCGCGGGCAGGAGGCGGUGGGCGGCACGGUCGCGCCAGGGGGCCCUGGCUGUCCCCGAAGGCACCGCUCCCCUGGGCUCCGAAGGGCCCCACGCCGACAGGUCCGAGGCUGUCAUUCCCCGCAUUUGAGCUCUCGUUUCUGGAACCUCGCUCGGACCGUUCCGAGAGGGGAAAGCAGUUAAGAAAAUGAGGCAGAAGGAAGUGUUAACCAAGACCUUCCAAGGCCCAGCCAUUGUCUGUAGGACUCCAACCAGCCACGUUUACAUGUUUGAGAACAGUGGUGGGGACUCGGGGGACUCCUCUGAGGAAGAGUCCCACCGCGUGGCUCUGCGGCCCCGGGGCAAGGAGCGCCAGAAGAAGGGUGCCCACCACCCUCACCAGCCAGGAGCAGGGGACGUGGUGCUGCUGCAGCGGGAGCUGGCCCAGGAGGACAGCCUCAACAAGCUCGCUCUUCAGUAUGGCUGCAAAGUCGCAGAUAUCAAGAAAGUCAACAACUUCAUCAGAGAACAAGACUUAUAUGCUUUGAAAUCUAUUAAGAUUCCAGUGAAAAAUCAUGGGAUCCUUACAGAGACCCACAAAGAACUCAGACCCCUCCUGAGCUCAUCCUCCGAGACCAGAGUGACCUUCGAGGAGCAGCUAGACCCAGAUAGAGCAGCUGUAGGUGCCGGUGCCCUCUCCAGCCCACUAACGGAUUUCUUUAAGGGCAUUGACCAGAAUAUUGAGCGCGCGGUGCAUUCAGAAAUCUUUUUAAAUGAAAGUUACUCGGCAGAGAUCUCCAAUCAGCCGCCGCUGCCGACUUCUCCAAAGACCCCCACGAACGGUGCCGACUGUGGAAUUCAGUGGUGGAAUGCCGUUUUUAUCAUGCUUCUAAUUGGGAUUGUUUUACCAGUGUUUUAUUUGGUCUAUUUUAAAAUACAAGCUACUGGCGAGAUCCCCAGUAGCUUGAACACAACUGCUGUCCCCAAUGGCUCAAUGAGCGUGAGUGCAGUUCCAGGGCAAGCCCCCAGAUUAGCAGUUCCAGUGCCAACUGUCCCCUCUGCAGACAGCCAGUUCAGUCCAACCACCCGGGCAGGGAACUAGCUCUUGUUUCUAAAGAAUCAGGCCAGUGUUAGCAUUUGGCCUCUUAAUGUGGAUCACCUGACAUCGGUCAUAUCCUAGGGUGCUGCCUUUCCUUUUCUAUGACCUACGGACAUGUCUCAGAAGCCACCGUUGUAUUCUCCAGAACAUUUGACCCUGGGGAAUAGGCUGAGCACCCCCCUGCCAUCCCCCUACAUCCAGAGGUACAGUAAGAGACAUUUGCAUGUGACACAUGCCAUUUCUUGAAGAUAUAUAGUGGACUGGCACUGCAUGGGCCCCCAAGUUGGAAGUGUUUGGAAGUUGAGGAGCAGCAUUGGACCUUCACUGUGGGAGCCUCUGAGGUCAGCUUUGGUCACUUUGCUGUUUGCAGUGUCCUCUGCCCUCUACCAUGACAUGUGGUGCUCUUUGUCUCCCUGGCAAAGGUGCUGUCCAGCAGUGGUGAAUAUCACCCUGUUUUGGAGUAUGACCGAAUUAUAAUUAGCCCUAUUUCAUAUUUGUCCCACCAGUUAGCCUUUUUGAGGCAACAUCACUUCUAGGAUCAAAAAAGUCCUGAAUCCGAAUUGCUCUAAUACUGAGUAAAUGGCAGGUGUGUACCUUGUACUUCUAGAACUACUUAGGGGUACACAGGCCUGCUUUAAGCUGCUGCAUGGUAUGGCCAGCACUUCCUGGCUAGAUCAUUUGGAGCUUUUGCUCAGCUUCUUCUGAAGAGCAUCCCCACUGCGGUGGCUAAUCAGAUUACCCAAGUUAGCAUUCCUGGGAAGAAUUCGUGCUGCCCAGUGCCUAGAGCUGAGCAGGUGCAGAGAGAAAGAGGAGUGCCUAUUGCCAAGGUCUCAACACGUGACACGUCUAAGGCCGAACAGUCACCAGUCUGGCAUUUCUGAUAGCAGCAGCCCCUGAAGUUACCUGGAAGGGAGAUACAGGGAGAACGGGCGUGCUUCCUGCUGCUUUCCUGGCUCUAAUCUUGGGAAGUCUAGAGUCGUUGCCCCAGAAUCGGGCUCAGUGUUUUUCUUUGGCUAAAUACACUUUAUAUAGUGUAGCUCAUAAUGUUAAAAGACCAAACCACAAGCUCCCAUCAGCCAGAGGUUUUCCCGUCUACGCAGCAGGUGUCUGCUGCAACAUGCUGGAGGCUCAAGGGAGGCCUGGGUCAGCCUCAGGCCUUGCAGGUGGAGCAGGGGUUCACGAGGUGAGGGUGAAGGCCUAUUUGGCUGGAGCCCAUCUUGGUCCCAUGGAAGAGUGGAAACGGGCUUACAUGGUUCGGAGGAGCCUGCCUUCAGGGAGGAAGACUGCACAAAUGCUGAGCUUGGAGCUGGUUUAUGUCCCUGGACACAGCAGGCCUAGAGAUGAACUGGGAAGAUUUCUUCAAGUAAGAGGAAGGGAGUGUGGUAGCAGGAGUGCUUGAAAUGGGCUUCUUCUCAUUUUUCUCUUCUCAGCUGUGUGGGGAGCGAUUUGCCCUGGGUUCAAUUAGUAAACUUCAAGUAUCGUAAGAAGUAAAUCCUUUCUUCAAAACCAAAAUGGUCUUCAGGAUAAAAUGAACUUGUGGAUCUUUGCUACAGGAACUGCUUUGAUCGUGUGAAUGUUUCUCCAGCCAGAAGUGUGCGCUCACUGGGCCCCUGGAGGCCGCAGGUUUUUCUAAUGUGUCAUUAACUUCACCAGGCAGAGCCUAGAGACCCACGGGGAAAUGGCUUUUGCCAGGCAAAGAAUAAAUAGAUGUAUCUCUUACUUUUAAAAUAUGGAAUAAAAUAAUUUCUUCUGUGAAGGAAAA